UUUUUCACAAAUAAAAUGAAAUAAGAGAUUCAAUUUAACGCUAUUGCGUUUAUUUUGAUGUUUCGUUACGAAAGAUAUUGGAUUUUUCCAAUCUAUUGUCUUAUAUUUGCGGUGUGACGAAAGUAAUUGCAAAUAUGGUUAAGUGUGAUCAACAUGAUUCAGUUGUAAUUUUACACUUUUUGUAGAUUAAUUUUAUGCGAGGACAAAAAUCCACAUAGAGAAAUGCCGCAGAACGAGUACAUUGAGAGGCACCGUAAGCUCUACGGUCGCCGUUUGGAUUAUGAAGAAAGAAAGAGGAAAAGGGAAGCACGUGCGCCUCAUAAACUGUCGGAGAAGGCUCGUACUCUACGUGGUCUAAAAGCCAAAAUCUUCAACAAGCAACGGCGCAAUGAAAAAAUUCAGAUGAAGAAAAAGAUUAAAGCUCACGAAGAGAAAAAAGUCAAAGAAAAGUCUGACAAGCUACCAGAGGGAGCAUUGCCUGUAUAUCUGCUGGAUCGUGAUGUUACCAAUCGUGCGAAAGUACUAUCUAAUAUGAUAAAACAAAAACGCAAAGAGAAAGCUGGUAAAUGGGACGUUCCGAUACCUAAAGUUAAAGCACAGUCGGAAUCUGAAGUUUUUAAAGUACUAAGAACUGGGAAGACAAAGCGAAAGUCAUGGAAGAGGAUGGUAACCAAAGUAACUUUUGUUGGAGAGAACUUCACGAGGAAACCGCCAAAAUUCGAAAGAUUUAUCAGACCAAUGGCGCUGAGAUUCAAAACUGCACACGUUACACAUCCCGAGUUGAAAGCAACAUUCUCUCUGCCGAUUAUUGGCGUGAAGAAAAAUCCGAGCUCUCCAAUGUACACAAGUUUAGGCGUUAUCACUAAGGGAACUAUUAUAGAAGUUAAUAUCUCAGAAUUAGGUCUUGUUACACAAUCGGGCAAAGUUGUAUGGGGUAAAUUCGCACAAGUUACAAAUAAUCCUGAGAAUGAUGGAUGCAUUAAUGCGGUUCUGCUUGUAUAGAUCAACACAAUUGUUAUUCUUAAAGUUUUCUAAGAGAUUGCUGUACAUAGCGUAUGUAACUGUAUUUGAUUAAUAGGAGAAACUGCAUUCAUGCAACAAAGGAGAAAAUUUGAUAUGUUUGAGAUCUCAACGUUAUUUAUUACGGUAAUAUUUCCGUUUUUGCUGAAUAGGUUGAUUUGUUAUGUCUUGUACUGCGUUUUGAAUAAUUGGUUCCAAAAGGAAAUACAUAAGUCUUAAAAUGUA